AUGCCGUGGAGUCCGAGCAAAGAGGAGUCUUCAGAGACACCCAAUCGACCAGCGUUGACCUCACAACAGUCCAACUCUCUCCCUUCUACGCCCUAUCAACACGCGCGGAAAAUCUCUUUCCAUUCCAGAUCCCCCUCGCCCCGUCAUGGAAGCACGUCGCCACGGUCGACCCAUUCGGAGUCGACGCACAUUCCCCCAUCCGCCCGGAAACCGUUCAAAGGCUGCAAAUACGAGACUGCCAUGUCGUUCUUUCGCCGGAGAAUGCCAUAUUCAAUAGGUGCCGAUGUCCUGCCGGAGGAAAAGGAAGGGCUUAAACAACGGCUUCGGCCGGAGGAGGAAAGGAAGCUUACGGCGGAUAUGUUGGAAGUCUACGACCGUUUGCUACCAUCAGCGGAGAGCGACAGUCGGCGACGGAGGCUUGUCCGGAAGCUGGAGGAUCUCUUCAACCGGCAGUGGCCCGGGUGUGACAUUAAGGUCCAUGUUUUUGGUUCGUCUGGGAAUAAAUUAUGUUCAAGCGACUCGGAUGUUGACAUCUGUAUAACAACGACUUGCAAGGACCUAGAGCAUGUGUGCUUACUAGCAGAUGUUCUCGCAAAGAACGGAAUGGAGAGAGUUGUUUGUAUCUCACAUGCAAAGGUUCCUAUAGUGAAGAUUUGGGAUCCUGAACUCCGCCUAGCGUGCGACAUGAACGUCAACAAUACAAUGGCGCUAGAGAAUACACGGAUGGUUCGGACAUAUGUGGAAAUCGAUGAGCGAGUACGGCCGUUGGCGAUGAUUGUCAAACACUGGACAAAGCGCAGGAUACUCAACGACGCUGGUCUUGGUGGCACGUUAAGUUCCUAUACCUGGAUUUGCUUGAUCAUCAACUUCCUACAGACUCGAGAACCUCCGAUACUACCCAGUCUCCAGGCGCGGCCUCAUAAGAAGCGGCUGACCGCUGAUGGGUUGGUGUGCUCAUUCGACGAUGAUUUGGACUCGUUAAUGGGUUAUGGAAAACAAAACAAGCAGUCGUUAGGGGAGCUUUUCUUUCAGUUCUUUCGUUACUACGGUCACGAACUUGACUAUGAGAAAUAUGUUGUCUCAGUGCGAGAGGGAAAAUUGAUAUCCAAAGAGGGUAAAGGCUGGCAUCUACUGCAAAACAAUCGUCUAUGCGUCGAGGAGCCUUUCAACACGAUACGGAAUCUGGGCAACACGGCGGAUGAUACGUCUUUCAGGGGUGUGCACAUGGAAUUGCGCAGGGCGUUCAAGGCCCUUUCAGACGGUAACUUUGAGCAAUGCUGUGAGCAGUACGAGUACCCUCCCGAAGCGGAGCGCUCAUGGGAAAGGCCGCCUCCUCAGCCACGGCCGAUUGUCACUACCGCGCCUCCACCUUCUCGGGGUGGUCGUGGUGGUGGUCGAGGUGGGCGACAUUCGAAUCAAUACAACCGAGGCGGACACUCUGGCGGCCGUCGCAGCUCGAAUACUGGCAACAAGAACCACUUUCGCCAAACGAACGGCGGUAUCAGCGCGUCUGAACUAUCGCUCCACGCUCAGCAUGCACAGUAUCUGCUUCACGACCAUCUCUAUCAGCAGAUACAAAUACUUCAGGCACAGGAACAAGAACUGCGGUUACAAUUGCAAAGCCAAGCGCUCAUUACUGGGCGGCCACCGCCUGUCCUCAUCCGUCAGCCUUUUAUCCAGUUCCCAGUGCCCGCGCAGGAAACUUCAGCUGAUGAUGGCUCACGCUCACGGUCCGGCUCAAGAUCUGGUGCGGUGAAUCAUUCGCCUAACGGCGUACCGUCCCGGCAGAAUGUCUACUACAACUCGGCGUACCUUCCAGUUGCCGUACCAGGAGGGCCUGGAAGCAACACCAACCCGCCAUCGCCGGCCGGCGCCAUCGCGAUGCCUGAUCUCCGCCGUAACCCGCGUCGAUCAUCAGUUGCCAAUGGCUCUCCGGGUGGCUCUCUCAGAGCCCACUCGCAGCCCGCCCGCCCCGUCAACUCCCUUCCCAACUUUGCUCCUCUCUAUUCCAUGGCUCAACAUGCAGAAGGCUCGCAGUCCUCGAACCAGCGCAAUCCGUCUGGUGCCUCAGAUGAUUCACUGAGCGAGGAAGAUGGUACACCCAUACCCAACAGCUUACCCAACCGACCCUUGUUCCUGGACGAAGCUCGAGCGAACGAGUACAUGGCAUACUAUUUCGGCAGUUCUCCGCAGCUCCAUGCCUAUCACCAAAAUGCGAUGCUUUCACCUUUGUCAGCGUCACUUGGGCUUGCAAUGCCCAACGGUAGCGUUAUCCCCUUCGUUGGGAAUGCACAGGAUUACAUGUCCGCAGCUUCGGGGGCUGAAGCUUACGGCCAGGCGUUCGACAACGGCUCCGUUACAUCGCCAAAAUCCGGUCAGUCGCAACAAAGAAAGGGCUCGCGAACGGCGGCCUCGAGCGAUCGUGGCGGGCCACUCAUCGUGGAUGGGUCGGUGCCGCCCAGUGAGCAACGAGUCUCGAUCCCUACUGACCAUUAUGACCACUAUGGCUUAAUGGCUCACUGCCCAUCGAAUUCUGAUGACCAGAACACCGAUACGCCUGCCAGCGUGUCGGACUCGUUCUCUCAGGAUUUUCAAGAUAGCAGCUCAGUAGAGAUUGAUCCAACCCCCUUCUAUGGCCAUCAAGGGAUCGACUCGCAUGCAAUGGGAAACCCCGCCGAUGUCUUUGUCAAUGGCCACGUCAAUGGCCAUAGUGCGAAGCCGAGCCUACUGUCAAGUCGACUCCAGGGUCUCCAUCUUUCGAAUGGUGAGAAGACCGAACACUCAUCAAAACCUGCGCAAGACAAAACGAAGGCAACUUCAGCUUAUCAUGAGGCUGCGGAGAGGGAACCGCUUCGCCACAAGAUCAAUCACGCCGUGGACAAAGGACUCUCAACCUCGAGCUUCCCUCAUGCCACAGAGUCGAAUAUGGCGUCGCCCAACGGGAAGCGCCGACACCAUGGCGCCGAUGCGCCAGAAAAGAACAACGGGGCUACGCAUAAGGGCAAACCUAGGAAUCUAACAUUAUCCACCGGGCUAAAUGAUCAGAAGGAGCGGGCUGUCGGUGGACCGCGGAAGACGGGCUCAACGUGCCAAGACUCCAAUUAUACCCAUGCGAGUUCCGGAUGGCAGACGACCAAGCGGAAGAACAAAAAGAAUAACAAGUUCUCCUCGGACCAUCGCCAUGGACCUCAUAAUGGUGCGGAGCCCUUACCAGUUGACGAGUCUAUGCGAAAAGGGGGCUAG